UUCUGCUUCAGUAUCGAAAAUGGCGGCGAAGAGUGGUGGUCACGAUGAGUGGCCUUCAGUUAUGAAACCAAUAUUAGCAACAUCGCCACGCUCGUUUAAUAAAAAUGACGUUAUUGAUCUCGUUAAGAGCAUUGUUAAAAGAGAAAACAAAUUCGUCUCUCACGAAGAUCAAUAUGAUACCUUUUAUACGGCGGUCGCUGCCUUGUCAGCGGAUUGCAUUAGUGGAUGCGCGAAUACAUUUGUCAAAAGUCAAAUACCUAUUGUUUGUCAAGCAUGCAAGGUACUGCUUGCUUAUCUUGUGGACAAACUACCACAACAUCAAACACAACCUGGAGAUACUGUGUCAACAGUCUUGACUACAAAACAAUUACUACUCUCAAUACGUGCAUUAUGCACAGGACAAUCUUUGCUCACAUCUGCAGAGGAAGUCGCUCUUCUUUCCACAAUAAAUAAUUCCAAAGUACCACCUUAUGUAACCGUUUUAUCGGGUGGAAAAGAAAAGGAACCUUCUUCUCAACCGACCGCAAAAGAAUCUAUGCGGUCUCGUUGUGAUUUAUCCACCAGUAUUCUUGAACAAUUGACAAUGCCAUUGCAAGACUUUUCAUCAUCCUCAAUUCUUGCGAAUGAAAGUUCAAUUGAUGGGGGAAGCAAAAAUACAAAUGCUUCUACAGGCGAGACACAUUCUGAUUCUAAGAUGAUGUUUGUUGCAAACAAUAUAAGCACAUUGCAGAAUAUGGGAGCAGGUGACAUUUUACUGGAUAUGUGUUUGAAUCUUCCACAUUUGUCACGCUAUACGCGAAAAUACCAAGUAUUUUUAUCCAAAAAAGGAUUUAGCAUGCCAGCAAAUGCAUCGGAAGCGCAUACAAUAAGACACAGUUUACAUUCUGUUGUUAGUGACAUUAAUAUUGUACAUAAUGUGAUAUCUCUUCCGAUACUUGAACCUUUGACACCAGAGAAAUUGGAAAAAUUGUCACUGCUGACUAUGUCUUGUCUGUACUGUUCAAUUGCAAAUGCAGCAGCAUCAAGUAUAGUUGGCAUAACAAAUGCUGUUUCACCAAAAUGUAGUACAAAUACUACAACAAGUAGUCAAACGAAUCAGAAUGCAAAAACCACCGACGAAGAAUAUGAUACUUUAGCAAUUGCAGUUGUGGAAAAGAGUUUAGAAAUAUUCGGACAAGUAUCGAAUGUUAUCAAAAAUAGCACACGCGCAGGAGGACAUAUUCUGCAAAAUCAUUUACUUAUUGGAGUAUGGCUUCUAGUCGCUGGAUUGCAAGCGCAAUUAACUGUGAGCAGUUUCAGUGCUGCAGAUAAAGGAAAAGAAGAAAAAGGAAAGUCACCAAGCAAAGCUCGUGAUGGAAGUGGACGUGUGAAUCUUAUGAAAGUGCAACAAGGAUUUGGUGUAUUGUCAGUGGCAUUGGCUUCACAUGCACUGAAUUUGAUGAGCGCGCUUCUCGAAGAUGUAUCUAUCGAAGCCAAUACCGAUUUAGUUGUGGCAGUUCCUGAACCAGCGCCAUUGGACAUCUUGUCCACUGCUACAGCGCUGCAAAGAGCAGUAACGUUCCUACAAGCAGUGCCCUUAAAUCAUUUGUUGUUUUAUCUAGCUACUAUUAGUUACAGAAAGGCUUGUACACUGAAAAGAGUACAAAAGCAUCCUUUAGAAGGAGAUGCGUUAAGUCAAUCGGAUUCUACUACAUAUUAUGAAGAUCUUUUGAGUUGUUCGGAGAAUUCCACUGAUGAGGAGGAGGACAGCGAACCCAUUUUGGGAUUAUGGUUUGAAGAAACUCUUGCUCCAUCAGAUGAGACUUCCACAAAUACCAAUAAAGAAACGAAUAAUGAAGCAAGUGCGGAACGUACAGCCACGACCACUAUUGUUCCAGACAAUCGGGAGCCUCACGGAUACAUUUCGCUUGCAACAAAAAUAUUCCAAUUUAUGAAUAAGCACUUAAUUGGCAGUAGGAGUACGUAUGUUCGAGAAUAUGUGGUUAAUGGUUUGGUCGAGCAACAAAUGAUUAUAUUAGCAGCGAUUAUAAGAGAUCUAGAUCAUGAAACAGCUAGAACAGAAACAGGCACAAUUUCCGCAUUUUACGGCGCUACGCUGGGUACUAUGUAUUCGGAAUUUUCUCAAGCUCUAAGUCGUUAUACUCACAACUUGCUUGCGUGGAAUACGCUAAGCGAAUCUCUUCAAAAUACCUUGCUUCAACAUUUGGGAGUGAGUCCUUGGUCCACAGAAAGCAACAGCUCAACUACUUGGCCUCUUCAAGUUUAUCCACGAACUCUCAGGGUAUUGGCACAGGUGUUGCAACUGAAACCUCAGCCAGAAAGAGAAGCUGCGUGUAUAAGCAUAUGGCAUCGUUUGGUAACAACUAUGGUUGAGAAUGUAUGCAAUCCUCAAACAACGUAUGAAGCGGAGAAUGAAGAUUUAAACGUAGAACAUGCGCAGUUGGUGCUUUUCUUAUUUCAUUCUUUAAAUUUAAUGCAGAAGAAGUCUGUAUUACUCGUAACAGGAAGUGGUGCAGUGCGCUGCAGCGAAGCGGUUAAAACGCCCAUGAAAGAUUCUCAACUGUUGCAUUUAUCCCGAUUGUUACUAUUACUCGAAUAUAUGAUGAAACAUCUAUAUGACGCACAUCGGUUACUGCUUGAACAUGUAGAGUGGAAUCUGUUCUCCGCUACAAGCUUAAUAUGUGAUACAAAAGACGGAAAUAAACAGACUGCUAGGGCUUUUACUCCAUGGGUAGAGAUAGAAGAUAAUUAUCGUAAAUAUGGUUCACAGGAUGAAUUUUCAAUGAAACCACGUUUUUAUAGUUUAUCGAGAACAGACUUUAAUAAUCAGGACGCCCCGAAAUUGGAUGGAUUGGCCUGCAACUUUAUUUUGGGCACGCCAGAUAAAAUGAAAUAUCCUCUCUUGGUUGACGCACUGAUUGACAUCCUAAACGUGCUCAAUCAAACUGAUAUGCACAGAAAAAAUGGUGCUGACAAUAAGGAAAAGAUUACCUUCACUGGACUGUGCGCAAUUCAGUACUGUUUCUCUAUAUGUUGGGAGUUGUUGCUGAUGUUACCCCCCUCGACUCCGUAUAUGAAUAAGCUCGCUCUUGGCGAGGAGAUACCGGCUGGACCUAUGCUGCUGCAUUCGUUGAUAUGGGGACCGAGAGCUGCGUAUAAAACUUUCACCGGCUGGAUGAAGGAUUGUUUAGUGAAGCAGGGAAUGUACACGCAAUACGCCGAAAAUUUGUUGAAGACUGUAUCGUCUACCGUGAACUCUCUAAAAUACGACGUCACUCUUGCAAAGAAUUGUAUUGUUUCGCUCAAACCCGAGUACAACGUUACCGACGAGAUAAUGCUAAAAACGUCGUUGCCAAAGCUUGGUUCUUUAUGUAUACUAGCCGCAGUUGUGGGAAAAUUACAAGUCCUCAUGGAUGAGAGCAUAUCGAAGAAUCCCACCGAGAACAUCGAAACUUCCAAGAGCACGCAGAACACAGAUCCCGCGCCUUCGAAUAACAGGACUAAAAUGAUAAUCGAAAUUCUGCCACACAUCUUGUCACUGACAGAUGCGAUUCUGUUGUCGUGCCGAUCCAACAUAUUGUAUCACACGUUUGAGUCUACCGAAGAAGAUGGAAAAUACGGCAUACGGGACUAUCUGAUUCUGGAUAACAUCCUGUCGAUGGCGGGCGCAAAUUGGGGCACGGAAUCGUCGCUGGUUUCGUCCCUGCCAAGCUGUAUCAAGUCCGCGCUGGAUAAGUGGAAGAGCAUCGUGUUUGCUCCCGUGCCUUGGAACACGUACGCGAACGAUAUAAUACCGGCGGAGAGCUACAUUUUUAACACGGUCAAUUACCAUGUCAGUUCCUUGUCGGAACAUCCGACGUUCUCUAUCAAUCCGUCACUGAAGAACCUGCUGUAUUGCUUGGUCUCGUUUAUGAUGGAGUACAUCACGCCCGCGACAGCCCCGGAACAACAAUCCGACACGCAUUCUCAGGCCGUGGACAUUCUCAUCGCGUUGUCGAUGGACGCACGCACUGAUUAUCUUCGUGAGAUGGCCACGAACACUCUGGCCAAAUUAUUAGGCCAGGAUAAUGACAAUGAGGCGCGGCAUUUGCGAGAGCACCUGUUUGUGCUAAAUCACACCUACAAUCUGAUAAUCGAGUACACCGACAACGCGGACGGAACCAUCAACAUUGUUAUCGACGAGGAGAUCUUGAAGCAGUGCAUAAAAUAUUGGGAGCGACUGCUGGAGAAGCCUCUCGGAUGCAAAGCUUUGGAUUUGUUCUUCGCACCGGACACAAAUCACAGCCUCGUGUCCGUUUUGCUGUCCAUAACGUCGCUUCAAGCUUCGCCGCAGUUCAGCACGUACAUUUUGCACUUUUUCAACGUACUAUUCAGAACAGCCGAGAAAUCGAGCGACGGAUCGCUGGAUCGCCUUUGCAAUUCGGUGGCCAGCUUCGCCAAUGUCGAAAGCGAGAAGCUGCAAACGUGGCUGAGACACGUUAUAUUAGGAGCAACGAGUGUACCGGUGAAUGUUCCUGCAACGAAUGCACCGACGCACACAGUCGGCACUACGAACGCAUUGGUAACUGUCUCCGGCGCGUCGGAAGAGAGUCAGAAGCCAGAUGAGAGAAAUAACGCGUCCAACAACGAGCAGGCGCAGUGGACGAUUUCCGAUAGUUCUAGCAAUCAGCCCGCGACUAAUAACGACGAGCAGCAUUCGAGCCACGAGAACAGUCGUUUCUUGCGCGCGCUCACCAAUUACAUAGUGAAGGAUAAAAGCAACGUCAGUACGAGCGUCUCAAUAACCAUACUUCAGGCUCUCAUACCGUUGGCGUAUCACAUUCUCUCUCCCACCAUCGAAGGGAAUCGGUUCUCGGAAUUGAUGCACAUAAUGUCCACGCUGGCCGACGCUGGAUCGGAGAAAGGACACACGUUGCUGUUCAGAGCCGCCAUCGAGUGGGUGGAACUUUGCAAGGAGCAGAUUAUGAACAAGGACCCGCAGACCUUCGACAAGCCGUCGCCGUACAUCGAGGCGGGUUGCUGCAUGCUCAACUACAUAGCCGACAUCGUGGGCGCGAUUUGUCCGCAGCAGGCGCAGUCGCAGGAUCGGGCCACCAGCCCGCCGUGGGAGGGCGCUCUACCGAGCAACGAUGUGAACGACAGCGACUGGGUGGACGAGAUUCCGCACGAGGACGACGACAGCGCGGCCGAGGAUUCGGACGAGGACAGCCUCUGCAACAAGCUGUGCACCUUCACGAUCACGCAGAAGGAGUUUAUGAAUCAACACUGGUACCACUGUCACACCUGCAACAUGGUCGACGGCGUCGGCGUGUGCACAGUGUGCGCCCGAGUCUGUCAUCGCGGCCACGACGUCACGUACGCUAAAUACGGCAACUUCUUUUGCGAUUGCGGCGCCAAAGACGACGGAUCGUGUCAAGCGUUGACGAAGCGUAGCCCGCAGAGCUCGGAGCAUCAAGUGGGCGGUAACAUACCGUACAACAAUGUCGGCGCUCCCGCGGAAAGCAAUCUGCUUCUUACGAGCAGCCUGCGCCGAAGGGCAUCCAGCCCCGUGCAUCUGUACGACAAGCACGAGAGGAGCGGACGCGACACACAGCGCCAAGCGUAUCUGGUCAAGCAGCUCGAGUCGUCCAAGGACUGGAUAUACUCGGAGCUGUGGAAGAGCGGAUUGGUGUCUUCGCUGGUGGAUCUGACGCGUGCGUUAGUGCCUGCGGUGAACGCGUCUUGUCAGCGCUACUCGCCAGUCGGCUGUCACGCGCGAGCUCAGUUGGCGCUCAAGCAUUUGCACACACUCGACAAGAAGUUUGAGCAUACGGACCAGCUUAUGCUGCCAACCUUGGGCUCUCAAGAAGGCGCGUUUGAAAACGUCAGGAUGAAUUACUCGGGAGAUCAGGGUCAAACGAUCAGACAGCUGCUGUCCGCUCAUAUGAUACGACGUGUCGCUAUGUGCUGUCUGUCGUCUCCGCACGGCAAACGGCAGCACCUGGCUGUCUCACACGAAAAGGGAAAGAUAACGGUGCUGCAGCUUAGCGCGCUCUUGAAGCAAGCAGACUCCUCCAAGAGAAAGUUGACUCUGACGAGACUCGCCUCGGCUCCGGUACCCUUCACCGUUCUUUCCGUCACCGGAAAUCAGUGGAACGAGGACUUCCUGGCCGUCUGCGGUUUCAAGGAUUGCCAUGUGCUUACGUUCAACAGCUCGGGAACAGUGUCGGAUCACCUGGUCCUGCAUCCCCAGCUCGAAAGUGGAAACUUCAUCAUCAAGGCGCUGUGGCUUCCCGGCGCGCAGACUCAGCUGGCGCUGGUCACCGCCGAUUUCGUGAAAAUCUACGACCUGGGGAAGGACGCGCUGAGCCCGCAGUACUACUUCCUCGUGCCGACGGGAAAGAUAAGAGACUGCACCUUCAUGCACGCGGAGGAUGGCACGUUCCACAUGCUGCUCAUGUCCUCCGCCGGAUAUAUUUACAGCCAAGUGAUGGACGAGGAGAGCCAAGCCAAGCACGGUGCUUUCUACGUUACGAACACCUUGGACGUUUAUCAUCCGGAGAUAAAGGACAACGGUCAGGUGGGCGGCGGCGGAGUCUCCAUUUACUACUCCCACGCUCUGCAGCUGUUGUUCUUCAGUUACGCCUGCGGCAAGAGCUUCAUUGCGCCGCUGAAGCACAUGGACUCCGACAUCACUGUGGUGUUCCAAAUCAAUCUCGCCAGUAACAAGACGAACGGGAACAAAUCCAACAAUAACCAGCCGCAGCCUUUGUGCCAAUGGAGCGAGGUGGCGAAUCAUCCCGGAUUGGUGUGCUCGAUCCUGCAGACCAGCAACAAUCCCGUGAUACUGAUGAUCAAACCCGACACGAUUAUGAUACAGGAGAUCAAGAUUGUGCCCGCGAAGGCGAAGAUCAUGGACAUGGUCGCGAUCCGGCAUCCCAGUUCGAACGCCGAGCACCGCACGACUCUGAUAUUGUUGUGCGAGGACGGCAGUCUGAGAAUCUACAUGGCCGGCAUGGAGCAAACCGGAUUCUGGAUGUCGUCCACCGUGCAGCCGAUCAGCACCACCGCCGGCAUCAAGCCGACGCGGAAGAAGAAGACGAACAAGAUGGGAAAGCCGUCGGGCUCCAUCACGUUCCCCAUUGACUUCUUCGAGCACUGUCAGGUGAUGAACGACGUGGAAUUCGGCGGCAACGAUCUACUGCAGAUCUACAAUGUCUCGCAGAUCAAGCAUCGCCUGAACACCACCGGAAUGUACGUGGUCUCCACGAAAGCGAUGGGCUUCAAUGUCGAAGUCACGAACAACGACGCGAUUUUGGUGAUGACGGGAAUAAGAGUGCUCUUCGGCAACCAGGAUAUUCAGAGGGCGCCUCUGUACGUCGAAGUAUUUGGAAGGAGCAUUCGGACUACGUUGACUAGAAGUCGUUGGUUCGAUAUUCCUUUAACGAGAGAGGAAAGUCUUCAAGCUGACAAAAAAUUAACGAUCACUUUCGGACCGUCUCAAGAUCCAGAGGGCGUUAUUAUGGUUGAUUCUAUAAAAAUAUAUGGUAAGACUAAGGACGCGUUUGGAUGGCCUGAAGAAAUAGAAGAAAUCCAAUCUUGUCAACCAACAUCUGCGCCGGUGACGACGAUCAAUAAUGAAGCUGAUAAUACUAUUGUUUCUCCCGCGCCCUUGUCUUCAAUUGAUAAAACGACAAAGGAUAGUUCGAUUAAUAUAGAAAGAAUGAUAUCCAGCAUUCUUGAAGUCCUGGAGUCUUCGUUCAUCUUAUCGUCGAACGAUGACAAACCCUCGCUGAAGACUACGGCUAUCGACGUCGCGUCGCGAUUGUUAAUAUUACCUACGCCACCGUCAGUGCAGAUGCAUACGACAGCUUUGCUGGCUGCUCUUCACAUUACUAAGCAAGCUUAUCAUUUUCACAAGGAUCAUUCAUUGUUAUCGCAUGUGCUUGAGUCCCUGAAGGCGAUGCGGGAGGCUAAUGAUCCUGCGGAUAUAGACGCGGAAAACUUUUACAGACUUGUACUUAUCGUUCGUGCUAUCGCUGUUUCUCGUCCGCACAAUCUUGCGAAGUUUGCUGAACAAUAUGCGAACAAUUCGAUCGACGAAGGCACCGUACCCGUUUUCGAGAAGGAUCGCUUAGAGGCUCAUUCGCGCGCGAAGACGGACGGAAAUCAACAUUUGGUCAUCCAACUGAUGGAGAUACUGUGGUCCUUGCACAUGGCUUAUCCAAAAAAUAUGGCGCUCGCUCCAGUGGUGGUGCCAGGACUGACGCACACCGAGGGAACGGUUCACGCCAUCGUGGAAAUCAUUCACGCUUUCACAAUAUGCGACGUGGAAAAUAACACCCCGAUAGCUGCUAAAUUGUAUCUGCAAUUGUUGCUGUCGUCGGACACCACCAUUAGUUUUAGCGCGAAGCACGCGGUGAUCAGAGUGCUUAGACCAAGAUACAGACGCAGAAGAGUGUACAUACCGAGUCCACCGAACUGCAGCACUCCAGGCGUUGUCGCCGAAACCGAAGAAAAGUCCGCGUCGGUUCCAUCGCAGACGUCGCAAGACACGGUGGAGCGCGACGUGGAGCAGCAGUUCGACAUCGAAGCCGUCGAAGCGGUGGACAGAGUAGCGGCUAUACUCGGCGCCGAAGGCAAUCAGAAUUCAGCCGCCGCGAGAGUGGUGAAUCAUCCGCUGGAACCGUUGGCGGCUAUGCUCGGCGCGGGCAAUUUCCCGCAGCUGCUCGACGUUCCGCCCGACGCCGACGACGAGGCGAUGGUGGAACUCGCGAUAGCUCUCAGCUUGCAGGAUCACGAGGGAGGCGCCGAUCUGCAGGCGCUGCGACAGGGAUUCCAGCAAGGCUUCCCCAAUCUGCAGGGUAUACAGAGUCUGCAAAAUCUGAGCGGGUCUGCGCUGCAAAGCUUGCAAAGUUUAGCGACGCAAGGCUUGGUUCAAGUCCCGAACGCCGCUCAGGGCCAAGAAGGCGGACAUUAUUCCGACACGACUGCUUCCGCGGGCGGUUCCGACGACGAGGGCUCAACCGCCGCUACUGACGGUAGCACUCUUCGCACAUCACCCGCCGAGCAAGGUGGUAGUGGUGGUAGCAAGGGUAGCGAGAGCGGUGGAAGCGAUAGCGGAGGCAGCGCCGUUGACAGCAUGACAGGGGAGCAUAAUGUUUCUGGCAGGAGCUCCGCAUACGGAGACAAUGCUCCUGACAAUGCUAUGCCUCCGAUUGGAAUUGGAGUCAAUCAAGCGCCACGCUCUGAAACUAAUACUCUAGAUGUUCCCACGACUUUCACUACCACCGAGCAAGAAGAAGGCGCCGAACAAGAACAAGGCGUUGAACAGGAAAAUGACACGACUGGCGAAAUUACUGUUAAAUUACAUGCCAUACGGCUCUUACUGUUGGACAGAUUUACACAAUUCGUGCCCAAUUUGAUAAACGUUCGUGGAGUGCUUGCCAUUCCAUUUAUGCAGGUUGUGUUAAUGUUAACCGCUGACCUUGACGGGCAAGAUGAACGGGAUAAAGCUUGCGUGGAACGUUUGCUGCAAAUGCUCGUGAAAGAGCUGGAGAUGGAUAAGCCUGAUACGAACAACAUAUGCGAGCGUAGCAAUAAGAGGGAAGUUCAUCUGGUUAUUAUGCGUUUACUAAGCGUUCUUAUGUCUCGCUCGAAAUAUGCUACGAAGACUUCCUCGGACAAUCCAAACUUUGUGUCGCAAACCACCGCUGCGAUCUUGAGCAAAGCUGGCAUCAUCGAUUAUUGCCUGACACUGCUACAGGCUUUACUCGACUAUUGGAAAACCACCAGCACAGAGGAGCCUGGCACGAUGAUCGGCGGCCAAUUACUCAAGGAACAUCUCACCACAUCGCCUCCGGAUAUGUCACCGUUCUUCCUGCGUCAAUACGUCAAAGGCCAUGCCGGCGAUGUAUUCGAGCCCUAUCCUCAAUUGCUGACGGAAAUGGUGCUACGAUUGCCGUAUCAGGUGCACAAAUACGCGGAAAGCACCGUGGUCCAACCUGCGUUCGAACAGCCGUGGUACUUCUACCUUUGCGAGUACAUGAUGUCGUAUCAAACACCGUUCGUCAGGCGACAAGUACGCAAAUUGCUACUCUUCAUUUGCGGCAACAAGGAAAAGUACAGGCAACUACGGGAUCUCCAUGCCCUCAUAUCUCACGUUCAGUCCGUGCAGCAAUGUUGUACCACCGGCGGAUACGAUCCGCUGCACGCACGUCCACAUUCCAUCAAUCUACCUUAUGAUUCGUUGGUGGAACUGAUCGAGCAUCUCAAGUGCUGCGUGGAAAUUGCUACCAGUCGUACAGGAAACUGGCAGCGGUUUUGCUUAAAGCAGAACACCGUCUUAUCGUAUCUCUUUGCCAUAUCGACGCUCUUAGACGAAGGCGUAAGCCCGACGGUGUUGCAGUUGCUGCAGUGUGCCAUUUGCUCGAACAACAAAGCUAAAGAAACUAAAGAUACUAAAUCGAAGGAAUCUAAAUCAACAACUGGCACGAAAGAAAGGCGUGAACGCGAAAAAUCGGAGGAUUCUGAUACGGAAGCCAAAUUUGAAGAAGCCCAAUGUUUGACUCUAGUCGAGCAAAUUCAGAAGCAAGUGCAUCCAACGUUGUUGAUGAAGUUUAUACAGACUUUCCUUCUUGAGACGAAUAAUACAAACGUUCGUUGGCAAGCUCAUUCUCUUAUCCUUGCAAUUUACAAAAAUUGUGGACCGACCGAUCAGGAAGUCUUGCUGGAUCUUCUAUGGCGUUUGUGGCCUCUGCUGCCAGCUUAUGGCAGGAAAGCAGCGCAGUUUGUCGAUUUGCUUGGCUAUUUCUGUUUGAAAACGCCGCAUGCCGGAAAGAAGAUGCACACUUACAUGGAGCAGGCAGUCGCCGUUCUGCACGCUCAGAAUCAAUUGCUCGCGCGGCAUCCUAACGCGAAUCUUUACGUAAAUCUGGCGCAAUUCGUCGAAUUGGACGGCUAUUACUUGGAGAGCGAACCCUGUCUUGUAUGCAAUAAUCCAGAAGUGCCAAUGGCGACGAUCAAGCUGUCGUCGAUCAAAGUCGAUUCCAAAUUUACGACGACUACGCAGAUCGUGAAGCUGGUCGGCAGUCAUACCAUCAGCCGCAUCACUCUACGCAUCGGCGAUCUGAAGAGAACGAAAAUGGUUCGCACCAUCAACGUCUAUUACAACAAUCGAUCGGUGCAGGCAGUCGUGGAAUUGAAGAACAAGCCGGCGAUGUGGCACAAGGCGAAGAAGAUCACGCUCGCCCAGGGCCAGACGGAGGUGAAAAUGGAAUUCCCCCUGCCGAUAGUAGCCUGCAACCUCAUGAUCGAGUACGGAUUUUACGAGAACAUUCAGGCGUCGUCCGAGACGCUGCAGUGCCCGCGGUGCUCCGCCAGCGUGCCGGCGAAUCCCGGCAUUUGCGCGAAUUGCGGCGAGAACGUGUUCCAGUGCCACAAGUGCCGGGCGAUCAACUACGACGAGAAGGACCCGUUCUUGUGCCACGCUUGCGGAUUCUGCAAGUACGCCAAGUUCGAUUAUACUCUGACCGGCCGACCGUGCUGCGCCGUCGAUCCCAUCGAGAACGACGACGAUCGGAAGAAGACCGUGGCGACCAUCAAUACGCUUCUAGAGAAGGCGGACAGGGUGUACAAGACCUUGAUAUCCAACAAGCCGACGCUGGAGAUGCUUCUCAUCAAGAUAUCCGAGCAUCGCUUGGACCGAGGAUUGGAGGACGGCAUACAGGUGUCCGGCAGCACUCAGGUGAACAGAGCGAUACAGCUGCUCGCGCAGAGGUACUGCGGCGAGUGCAAGACGUCCUUCGAGGAGCUCAGCAAGAUUAUUCAACGCGUUCUAGCCUGCCGCCGGGAGCUUGUCGCCUACGACAGGAACCAGCGGGGUCAGAGCAGCUCGCAGUUGUCGUACAGCACAUCCAGCGCGACCGACGUCACGAAGGACGAAGCGAUAGUCUCACCGGUCGGACGCUGCUAUGGUUGCGCGUCCGCCGCCACGGAGCACUGUCUGACGUUGCUGCGCGCGCUGGCCACGAACAGCGUAGCCAGAGACGUUCUCUGCAAACAAGGACUGAUUCAAGAGCUCGUGGAGCACAAUCUGCGAAAGGGCACGGUGCAGAUGCAGGAGGAGGUGCGACAGCUGCUGUGCCUGGUCACGAGGGACAACGCGCAGUCGACCAAAGAGAUAUGCUCGCUUCUGACUAAUCGAAUCACGCUGACGCUUCGCGGACGUGUCGCCACCCCUGAUCUCUCGGUCGCUGUGCGACACGAAAUGGCGCUCCUCGCGGCGCUCGUGCAAAAGGAGGACUCGUGCUGGGAACAGAAACUGCGAUGCGUCAUGCAGCUGUUUUUGACGGCUUGCAAGGAGUCAAAGAGUCCCGUUGUAAUGGAAAGCAUCAUCCUACCGUGUCUGAAAAUUUUGCAAGGUCUUAUCAAACCGGAUCAGCCAGUUUCCAAGAAAAAUAAAGAUAAAACUAUCGAGUCUUUGGCGACGGUGCAACCACCGGAAGGCAUCAGCAUUGAUGUGAGCAAGUGGAUCAGCGGCGAUCCCAAGCAUUCCUAUUCCGAAUGGCUACGUCGCGUGCCGGCUAAGAAGACAGACUCAUCCUCGACUAAGUCUCUUAAAAAGGACGAAGCUCGAAUGUUGUACCUAAUGGAAAAAUACGGACACAGAUGGCAUCAACGUUGCAUGAGGCAGCAAGGCGCUCAACCGCUGAAGCUGUCCGACGGUGCCUGGUUGAAAGAAGUCCUUUUCAAUCCCAGUUCCCGACUGGCGCGGCAAGUCGCUUGCAAUAUGAUCGAGAGCCUGUGCCAAGGCACGGAGAGGAAGAAGGAGGUUUUGGUUUUGCUGACGUGCUAUUUGGAGGAGCUGCGCUCCGCCGGCGAGAGUAGCACCGAGUUCCUUACUUUGUAUCAAAGCUUAAUCAGGCAGUCACCUUGGAAACAAUUCCUGGCAGUACGCGGCGUAAUGACUUUAUUGGCGGAUCUCUUAACUCGUGAAAUAGAGGAAUUACAUCGGUUGGAAGAAACCACGUUAACUAGCGACCUCGCUCAGGGAUACUCGUUGAAAAUGCUCACGGAACUUCUGGCGACCUUCUUGGAACAGGAAAAUAUCAAGCAGCAGUACAAGGGCCGACUAGUCGGCGCUGUCCUAAACGGUUACCUGUCACUCAGGAGACUCGUUGUUCAACGCACCAGACUGAUCGAUGAUACGCAAGAGAAGCUGUUGGAACUCUUAGAAGAAAUGACUUCUGGCACUGAAGAGGAAACGAAGGCAUUCAUGGCGAUUUGCGUGGAAACGAUACAAAAGCAAAAUCCUCAAGACGUUCGUACCCCGGUAUUCAUAUUUGAGAGAUUAUGUUCGAUUAUCUAUCCAGAGGAAAAUGACAUUGGGGAAUUUUUCUUGACGCUCGAGAAGGAUCCACAGCAGGAAGAUUUCUUGCAGGGGAGGAUGUUAGGAAAUCCUUAUAGCAGUUUAGAACCUGGACUCGGUCCACUUAUGAGAGACGUUAAAAACAAGAUUUGCCAGGAUUGUGAGUUGGUUGCACUUCUAGAAGACGAUAAUGGAAUGGAGCUUCUCGUUAACAACAAAAUCAUUAGUCUGGAUCUUCCAGUUAAAGAGGUUUAUAAAAAGAUUUGGGUGCUAGAGGGCGGCGAAUGCGACGCCAUGCGCGUGAUAUAUCGUAUGCGCGGCCUUCUUGGAGACGCAACCGAAGAAUUUGUGGAAACAUUGAACGCUAGCAGCGAACAGGAGGUGAACAACGAAGAAGUUUACAAAAUGGCAAACGUGCUAGCAGAUUGCGGCGGUCUUCAAGUUAUGUUGGACAGAUUAGCGGCGAUAAUCGACGUGAAUCGAGCAAGGCCCCUUCUUCAAGUGCUAUUGAAAUUGUUCAGAUUGUGCGUGAAGGUCAAGAAGAAUCAAGAAGUUCUGAGCAAACCCGAAUUGGGAGCAGUCACCGUAUUUCUGGAUGUUCUUCAACGUUGUCUUGCUACAGAAUCUGAAAAUUCUCAAGCAAAAGUCACUGAACAAUUAUUGGAUAUUAUGGAAACAAUAUUGGCAAAUGCAGCGUCACAGCCAUUCAACGCCUUCGAAGCGUUUUCGCGCACUCUGGGUGGCCCGGAACACAUUAAGGCACUCCUAUCGUGCACGCAGUCCACAGCAGUCAGGCAAAGUACUAGCGUGCUCGCCCACCUCGCGAGGGUUCUGGCAGCGCUGACUUACGGCAACAAAGAGAAAAUGGCCCUCUUGUGCGAUUACUUCAAGCCUGUAUUGAACUUUUACAAGUUCGAUUUCGAGCACACGCCCGAAGACGAGCAGAAGCUCGAGCUCUUCUGCACGCUCACUCAAGGCAUCGAACGCAAUGCGAUUGGUAAUACGCUGAAGGAUUAUAUCAUUAGUAUGGGUAUAGUGAAAGAUGCCUUCGAGUAUAUCACUGUGCACGCGCCGUGUGUUAAGCCAACGCUGUUACGCACAGAUAGCGACGAACUAAAGGAAUUCAUAUCGAAACCAGCUCUGAAGUAUAUUCUACGGUUCCUCACAGGGUUGGCCACCGAUCACGAGCCGACUCAGUUGACAGUUUCGCAAGUAACUAUUAGCAUAAUCCAUAGACUGGAGCAAGUGUCUUCGAACGAGCACGUUGGCUCGUUGGCGGAGAACUUGUUGGAAGCGUUGUGCACCAACAAGCGGGUGGCUGAACUUAUUGACGAAGCGCGCCAGCACACGCGCAGCGAGAAGAAACGCUUAGCUAUGGCGAUGCGAGAGAGGCAGCUGGGCGCGCUUGGCAUGCAGACGAACGAUAAGGGCCAGGUCACUGCUAGUGGAACGAUUCUUCAGCAGAUGGAAGACUUGGGCGACGAGACUGGACUGAUCUGCGUUAUCUGUCGCGAGGGAUAUAAGUUCAAACCGAACAUGGUGCUAGGCGUUUACACAUUCACGAAGCGUUGUAAUGUAGAAGAAUUCGAGACGAAACAACGAAAAACCGUAGGCUACACGACCGUCACGCAUUUCAACGUAGUCCACGUAGAUUGCCAUAUGUCGGCCGUGCGUUUGGCUCGCGCUAGAGAUGAAUGGGAAAGCGCGGCGCUGCAAAACGCAAACACGAAAUGCAAUGGAUUGCUGCCGUUAUGGGGUCCGCAGGUUCCAGAAUCCGCUUUCGCCAGCUGUCUAGCCAGGCAUAAUACCUAUCUGCAAGAAUGCACUAGUCACCGUGAUAUAUCUUAUUCGUCGACUAUUCACGACUUGAAGCUGCUCCUUCUACGAUUCGCUCAAGAAAAGAGUUUCCACGAGGACACUGGCGGUGGAGGUCCCCAAUCCAAUAUGCAUAUAAUACCGUAUUUAAUACACAUGGCUUUGUAUGUCGUUAAUACAACACGAUCUGCAGCUAGAGAAGACAAAGCUUUGAUGACCUAUGUAGAAGUUCCUCCAGGCUCAGCGUGGCUCGACAGUUGUUACGAAGCGGAGGGCCCAUUGUAUCAGUGCACGCUUUCGCUGCUCUUGCUUACGCCCGCUCGUUGGAAGUCGCAUAGGCUUACACAUCUCAAUCGAUUACUCGUUCUCGCACAUCAACGUUACGUGUCUCCCUCAGCCACUACGAAGACCAUCAUGGAACCAACCACCAAGGAAUAUACCGUUUACAAAAACAUUCUAAUCUUCUUCGGUCUAGUGGAUUGUAUUUACGGAAACUUCUUCAAGAAAGUAAAUGUUUUGUCCGACGACCAGUGGCCUUCGGUUCUCGCUGAAUAUAUCAGGCAUAAUGAUGAAGCCAUGUUAAAAGCCUCGGAACGCGUGCUCUCGUCAUAUCGCGAUGAAUUAUUGCCGUGCGCAUCAUUUGAAGAGUUUUGCGAUAUUGUUGGCUUGUUAGAAGAUGUAAGAAAUCCUUCUACGUAUAUUAACGAUAUCCUGCGACGCCUCGCUUGAAGAUACUGGAAGUUCUCUUUAUGUAGCUUACGACAUUGUUAUUAUCAUCGGAAUUUUCUUUUUUGUUCUCUCGUUCAAUCAAUAUAGUCAUUUUCAAGACUUUUAUAUCGAAAGGAUUUUCGUGUCUCAUGUUAAAUAAAAGUUGAUUGAAUGUGAUAGUUCUAAUAUGAUAAAACUUUUCAGGGUAAAAAAUUACGUUAUGAGGAAUAAGAAUUACUAUAAAUUAUUAUAAAUUAUUCUUUACUGCUGCUAAAUCUUUAAUUGUAGACAAAUGUGUACGUAUAUGGAAGAAUUUGUGCUUUAAUAAAAUGCAACUAAAUAAAGGUGUUUAAAUAUAA